GAAAAUUAGAAAACCAAAACUGAAAAUCCAACCCAAAAGCCGAAAAGCCAAAAGCCCAUGGGAAAAGGCACCAUUGAUGGAUUUCAAACCGAGGAAAUAUGUUGUAUAACCUCUUUCUUUAGAAGGGAGGAAAAAGGGAAGAGAGAAACAAGAACCAAUAACAACUCCAUGAUCUCUUCCUCCCUCAAUAUGUUGCUAGAUCUACCCUUUCAAAAGUUUUGAAAAAUCUUCUCUUUUUGGUCAGAGCGUUCCAAAUCUCCCUUGUAGAUGAUAUGUUUAAUCCAUCAGAUAAAUGGGUUCUUUCCAGCUAAGGUUAUAAUCCAGAAACCAUACACAAAGGAGUAGAAUAUUUGUCAGAACAUAGAUUCAAGGCUGGUGAUAUCCGCAAUUUGAUUUUUGUCUCAUUAUCGUAUUGUGCAGCUAUAGAACUUUUGUCAUCUCGAAUACCCGCAUGAUUAAUGGUGUCUGUAUUCAUCAAUGAAUAUUUGAUUUCUGGAGCAUACGACUUACCUUUUGUCCUUGAGGAGAAAUUAGAGCAGAAACUAGGGUUCUAUCUUGUUCUUGAUAACCAUUUGACGAAUAAUUUGAUUUUCGGGUCAUUUGGGUGAGAAUAUGUAAGGUAUGGUGUCAGCUGCAUUGAUGAGGAUUGUGUCACCCUGUUGGAAACCUUCUGUUGAGGGUGAAAAUUCCAGUGAGCGUGGUGAUGUGAGUGGUCGGGUUGAUGGUUUGUUGUGGUACAAGGAUUCAGGACGGCAUGUGAAUGGAGAAUUUUCAAUGGCAGUAAUUCAAGCAAACAAUCUGUUGGAAGAUCAUAGCCAACUUGAAUCAGGGUCAAUGGGUUCGCUUGAAUCCGGUCCUCUCGGAACAUUCGUUGGAAUUUAUGAUGGGCAUGGAGGCCCUGAAGCUGCCCGUUUUAUAUAUGAUCGCCUGUUUGACAAUAUCAAGACUAUUCGUGCUGCAGAGUUCACAUCAGAGAAUCAGGGAAUGUCAGCUGAUGUUAUCAACAAAGCAUUCCUGGCAACUGAAGAGGAGUUCCUUACUCUAGUAAAGAGGCAGUGGCUGAGUAAGCCACAAAUUGCUUCUGUUGGUUCAUGUUGUUUGGUAGGCAUAAUAUGUAGCGGACUGCUUUACAUUGCAAACGCAGGAGAUUCUCGGGUGGUGUUAGGAAGACAGGAGAAGGCUCUUAAAGUGAUUAAAGCUGUUCAGUUAUCAUAUGAGCACAAUGCAAGUGUGGAAUCUGUGAGGGAGGAAUUGCGAUCGCUGCAUCCCGAUGAUCCACAGAUUGUUGUUUUAAGACACAAAGUGUGGCGUGUGAAGGGUCUGAUACAGGUUUCAAGAUCAAUAGGCGAUGCUUAUUUGAAGAAGGCAGAGUUCAAUAGAGAACCUUUAUUGUCGAAGUUUAGACUGCCAGAACCCUUCCACAAGCCAAUCCUUAAAGCCGAGCCAACAAUAUCUGUGCAGAAACUCUGUUCUGAAGAUCAAUUUCUUAUAUUUGCAUCAGAUGGCUUAUGGGAGCACCUAAGCAAUCAGGAGGCAGUUGACAUUGUCCAGAGCUGUCCACGUAAUGGCAUAGCAAGAAAACUUGUUAAAACUGCACUUUGUGAUGCAGCCAAAAAAAGAGAAAUGAGAUACUCAGACUUGAAAAAGAUUGAUCGAGGGGUGCGGAGACAUUUUCAUGAUGAUAUCACAGUUAUAGUUUUGUUUCUUGAUUCCCAUCUGAUCAGUCGCAGCUCCUGGCAUGGACCCCUACUUUCAAUCAGAGGAGGUGGCGAUAACUUUGCCAACACCUAGUUGAAGAGGUUCUGAAUAUCUAUCCUUGGACCCUAUUUUCUACACUUGUAUUGAGAAACAACAUUAUUUUUUCUUUUUCCUUUAAAGAGAGAAGUUGAAGAAAUGUCUUCUUUAUUUUUUUAUUUUUUUCGCCAAUGUGUAGUGAUCCUUCUUGGAAACAUUUUUCCCAUAAUGUUCUGUAGGAAUUAUCUGGUGAUUGACUCAUGUAAGAAAGCUACCACUUAACAAUAGCUACAGUUUUCCAUUAUAACAGGAAUGCGAGACUCAAGCAUGUUGAUAAUGUUCA